UUGAAGGCAGCCGGAAAUGCGCUCUAACAGUCGAUGGCUUGACGCGUGCGCAGUGGCCUGGUGUCUGGCGCUCGGCUCGGAGAGAUCUUCUCUCCGCGUCUCCGCUGUGUUCCGAGACCCGGGACCUUCGGACCGGAUCCGUCCAACUUAAGGAGGACCGACUCCGCACAGAUUAUCGGCCCGCGGAUGAUUUUGCAUCCAGGUGGGGGGCCUAGAACGCCGGGCCCGCAGCGAGAGUGGAGGGAAGAUUCUGACCCAGAAAACGGCGUUGACGACCAGGCUAGCUGUCAACUAGCAGGCCGGCUAGCAUCUGCAGGCAGCGGAGGUCGGAGGGAAGCUGCCGGCGGAGGACGGAUCGGUUCUUAUCUGUCAGGAUACUUUUUCUGUACUUUCGUGCAUUUUUAUGUUUUUAUUGAUCAACCCGUGGGAAGCUAAGGCCGAAGGUGAGCUAACAGAGCUAGCUGUCAGGUAGCUUCUGUCUGCUUCAGACAGACUAAGCGUCCGGAGGAACACCUGCAGCUCCCGGUGCUUUUGACCCGUUAACGGCCGGAGAUCAUGGCCGCGAACUUAAUCAAAGAGAUUGUCAGCCGGAACAAAAGGAGGUACCAGGAGGAUGGGUUCGAUUUGGACCUUACCUAUAUUUAUCCAAACAUCAUUGCCAUGGGGUUCCCUGCUGAGCGUCUGGAGGGCGUUUACAGGAACAACAUUGAUGACGUGGUUCGAUUUUUGGAUUCGAAGCACAAGAAUCACUACAAGAUCUACAACCUGUGUGCGGAGCGACAUUAUGAUACUUCAAAAUUCAACUGUCGAGUGGCUCAGUACCCAUUCGAGGACCACAACCCACCUCAGCUGGAGCUGAUCAAACCGUUUUGUGAGGACCUGGAUCAGUGGCUGAGCGAGGACGAACAGCAUGUGGCCGCCAUCCACUGCAAAGCAGGAAAAGGUCGCACCGGGGUCAUGAUCUGCGCCUACCUACUGCAUCGAGGGAAGUUCCAGGAGGCUCAAGAGGCCCUGGACUUCUACGGAGAAGUCCGAACCCGGGACAAGAAGGGUGUGACCAUCCCCAGCCAGCGGCGCUAUGUGAUCUACUACAACUUCCUGCUCAGGAACCGGCUGCAGUACAAACCCGUGGCUCUGCUCUUUCACAAAAUGAUGUUUGAGACCAUCCCCAUGUUCACCGGAGGCACUUGCAACCCUCAGUUUGUCGUGUACCAGCUGAAGGUGAAGAUCCACACAUCCAACUCUGCCCACACACGGCGAGAAGACAAGCUAAUGUUCUUCGAGUUUCCUCAGCCACUUCCUGUCUGUGGAGACAUCAAGGUGGAGUUCUUCCACAAACAGAACAAGAUGAUGAAGAAGGAAAAGAUGUUCCACUUCUGGAUCAACACCUUCUUCAUCCCAGGUCCAGAGGAGGGCUUGGACACACUGGAGAACGGCAGCGCCGGGACGCUCCGGGACCUUUCUGACAGACUCCAUCAGAAUACUGCGGCAGCUAUGAUAGAAACCAAUGACAGGGACUUCCUGGUUCUGAAGCUGAACAAGAACGAGUUGGACAAAGCUAACAAGGACAAAGCCAACAAGAACUUCUCCCCCAAUUUCAAGGUCAAACUCUUUUUCACCAAGACAGUGGAGGAAGGAGCCAACUGUGACACUAGCAGCACAUCGGCUUCGGUGACGCCGGACGUCAGCGACAACGAGCCGGAUCACUACCGCUACUCGGACACGACGGACUCUGACCCUGAGAAUGAACCGUUUGAGGACGACCACCACAAUCAGAUCACGAAAGUCUGACGCUGUCCGUCAGUCGUAUGUACGGUGUAUUCGUGUAGAUAAACGUACGAUGUGUCUGUAAACGCCGUCAGGAACGCCGGGCUGAGGCGAGCAUCUCACAGGCUUCAGGGGAACCAAACCUACGGACCAGAACUGAUUUGCAGACUCUAGAGUCAAAAGAGCUCACAUCAGAUUAUUAUCUACUAGGUUCAUGGCUGGACAAUCAAGAAGGCAGCAGAGAGGGGGUGGGGAUUACUAAGUGGGCAUGGCCUUGUGGAGACAAAUGAAUGGACAGAUGGAUUGGAAAAGAAAAGGAGUGAAACUUGAAUCUAAACAAUCUCAGAGAUGAGUAGAUUUCUGCACCAAGAUAAACCCCACACUUCCUUCCUUCCUCUCUUCCUUCCUUUAGGAGACUUGAAGCAGAAUCGUCUUUCUGUUUUUUGUUUUGUAGCUGCAGAUUUGGAUCUUCUCUCUGGGCGCCGAUGUCUCUUAUAGGAGCAGAAAAAUCCACAUGGGUUGUUUUUAAGAUACUUUUUUAAUUGAUCGGAAAUUAUGACCGCUUGUGCUGUAAAGUUUUAUUGAGUUAAAUGAGUCGAAACUGAAUGUUCUUUUUGAAAAUGACGCAGAGUUUAUUUACGGUGUGUGAGGGGAGGUGAUCGCCGUUUUGUUUUCUCACAUUGGGCUUGAAAAGUCCUCAUGAAGUUCUUUGAGAUGUAUUUACGGGUCUAUGUCAGAGUUUGGAUGUGAAGUUCUGAAAGAUCUUGAAUUUUUGUUACGCAGCGGCGCGCAGAGAGAAGAGACGACCUGUUUGAAUGUAGAGAAACCAGGAUUCUUCACAGUCCGCUGUCCAACAGCCUGUCCUUAAAGAAGGACAAAGUUCUGUCUUCAGAACUGUCUCUGUUAACUCAAGGGUUUUAUCUGUUUUAUCGCAAAACAAUCCGUCUGUCAGCAAAACAAUUCUGUCUGUCCACAGGAAUCUGUCUGUAGAACGAUUCUGUACACAGAACGAUUCUGUUUAGUUACCCUCAGUUGUAGUAAAUGUUUUACUCUAACUUGUAUCCAUCAUUAAGCUAAAGAACGAUCAGUGGAAUCGUUCUUCAACGACUGCGGCACAAAGGAGCGCUCAGUUUCCUGCUGGAGUUCACUUAGGAGCACUUGGUUCUCCUGUUUCCGGGUGGUGCACGGGUGGGGUUUAUUAAGAACUGAAUCCAAAUGGUCCUGUAAAUAUUCCCGCCCACGCUUGGUCUAUCCUUCCGGGUUUCAUUGUGCAGCGGUGGUGUUCAGCAGAUUUACCAGAACCAUAUAAGCUAUAGAUUUAGAACUUUUUGGAAACAGAACCCAGGAUUCUGGUGCCCUCAGAAUCCCAAGAACUUUGCAGUAACUGUUUGGAAACAGUUGGCUCCAACACCAGACUGUUAACCUUUGUCUACAAAGUUCUGGUGCUGGUCUGGUCUAGGUCAGAGCGGGUCCCUCCAUAGAAAGUCAUAUAUGACAUAUACAAUUGUUGCUCUGUACCAACAAGGAUGUGGUGCUUCUGUAAAUCUAGGUUUCCUGCCUCGAAACCAUUUCUUAAGAUCUCUGAACCAGCUUUGAAACCAGUUUGGGGGACAAAGACCCUGAAAGUUUUUGGUUCUUGACCUUUCUGAAACCAGUCUGGAUUGAAGAGGACCCUUGGGGUUUAUUAGCUCUGAGUCUUCAAGAGGAUGAUGAUCCUCUUGUCCAUGGAAGUUAAAUCAUUUUGCUUGUAUUUCUUGGAGUUGUCCGAGCACCAAAACAUUUGCAAACAGAACCUUUAGAAGUGGGUUGAGGGUCAUGUUGGCAUAUAAGCUGGUCUGACUCAGCUAGUUGGACUCUUUAGUUUGGGUUUACUGAAACAAAACCUUCAGAUGUUCUGAUUGGUUUCUGUUGGGUUCUUGUUGUGGUUUAACUUUUCCUUUGUGUAUCGGACUGUAACUCAGCACUAUUUGGGUCCUGUAGAACUGGACUCUUUGUGUAGUGUAAGUCCAGAAAAAUGUUAUUGAAGAGAACAUCUUUGAUCAUCUGAAGGACCACCUGUUCUCAGAUCUGAGGAGUCAAAGGUUUUAGCUUGUGUACUUAAUUUCCAUCUUCAUAUUUGGUGCUAAUCCUUCCUGAUUGUUCAUCUUCAGUGCCAUGUCAAGACUUGGGUUUGUUUCUGAAGGUCUGUGUUUUUAAACCUGUAGGACUUCACCAGCUGAUCACAAGGAUGCACUUGAAAAACCAUCUGAUAGAAGGUCCAGGAUCACCUCAGCAGGGUGAAACUUUGAUACAGCUGUGUCUGAAUCAAGGACAGGAGACUCAGUCCAAGGGUUCAUCCCAAGAGUUCAUCCCAAGGGCUCAGUCCAAAGGUUGAGUCCAAGGAUUCAGCCAAAGGGCUCAGUCCAGAGGUUCAUCUCAAGGGCUCAGUCCAAGGAUUCAGUUCAAAGUUUCUGUCCAAAGACUCAGUCUAAGGGUUCAGCCCAAGGGAUUAGUUCAAGGUUUCAGUCCAAGGGCAAAGGCUAAGUCCAAGGGGUCCGUCCAAAGGCUCAGUCUAAGUGUUCAGUUAAAAGGCACUGUCCAAGGGUUCAGUCUAAGGACUCAGUCCAAAGGCUAAGUCCAAGGGGUCCAUCCAUAGGCUCAGUCUAAGGGUUCAGUCAAAAGGCUCAGUCCAUGGGCUCAGUCCAAGAGUUCAGCCCAAGGGAUUAGUUCAACGUUGCAGUCCAAAGUCUCAGUCCAAGGGAUUAUUUCAACCUUUCAGUCCAAGGGCCGAGUCCGAAGGCUCAGUCCAAAGGCUAAGUUCAAGGGGUCCGUCCAAAGGCUCAGUCUUAAGUGUUCAGUCAAAAGGCACUGUCCAAGGGUUCAGCCCAAGGGCUCACUUAGUGUGGAUAAUGUCAACUUUGUGACCAUGAAAGUAAAAAAGUUAAUAUUUAGGCACUUUUUCUAGAACCAAAAGAUUGUUUUUAGGCCCAGUCUCUGUUCCAUACUCCAUUUUCCAUGGGUGAUGAACAUUUUCUCCAGACUAUUUACUCUAGAACCUGGAGGGGUAGAAGCUGAACCAGAACCAUAAUCACCUCCAUGUUUGUUUUCCUUCACUGUGGAGUUCAGAUAAAACUCCGCCUACAUCAGUUGUGUAAACAAACCUUCAAAGAUCAAAUUAGCAGGUAAAGUUUUAGUUUCUUACCUAACAGAAACAUUUACCCUUCAUGGAUCAAACCCAGGAACAGAACCUUUAAAGAACUUCCUGUCCAACCUUCCUCUUGUGUGAUCAGCUACAACCUGCAGCUUCAUGCUAACAGCUAGCCAUGCUGGUAUUGGACUUUCAUUCUGUCUGGUGUUGGCUUAGACAUUCCGUCUGUCUAAUGUUGGAUCUUCAGUCCAUCUGGUGUUGGUUUAGACCUUCAGUCUGUCUGGUGUUGGUUUUGGACCUUCAGUCUGUCUGGUGUUGGUUUUGGACCUUCAGUCCCUCUGGUGUUGGACCUUCAGUCCGUCUGGUGUUGGUGUUGGACCUUCAGUCCAUCUCAUGAAGUUUUAGGUGCUAUCAGUGCUGUCGUCCAUCUGUGGUGCUCUCUUGCUGCAGCAAGCCUUUGGCCAGGCUUUACCUGUGACGCUCUGCAGCUGUUUUCACACCUGAGUUUUAACAGCAGCACUUCCUGUUGGGUUCUGACAGACUGACCUUACUUCCUGUCACUGACCCGGACGAUGUGAUUAAAGAUGUACUUCCUGUUUGGGUAGGAAGUGGUUCUGCUGGAAAAUGAAAGCUGUUUCACACGUCUGUUUCUGGUGCUUGAUGUCCGGUUCUGCCAACAAACAUCCGCGCAGGUGUCCACCACCGGAUCGGUUCUGCUCAGAUGUGUUCUGGUCCAUGGGUUUUCCAGGUAAACCCAUUUGGUUUCAGCUUGUUCUGUUUACAUUAUGUUUGUUGGUUCUGUUCAGUGGCUCCACCCUCCUGAAGGGGGAGGAGCUUUCAUUAUCUGUCGUUUGAACAAUCAGUUCUUCAUUUCAAAACAUCAUCAUGUGACCUUUAACCUGGAAGUCUGGCACUGUUCAGUGUUGAACAGAACCAAGUCUACAAAUUAUAAAAGACACUUUUAAUCAGAACUGUCUUUUUCUGGAUCGAUGGGUGCGGUUCUUGUCUGUAACCUGUUUACUAAGCUCCACCCCUAUAAAUGACUUUGUUCUUCCACCUGAAGUCAUUUGACCUAAACAUUUCAUCAUGUCAGGGAUGAAACGUUGGUUUUGAUCAUGUCUCAAUCAUUUCAAAAGAAAAAAAAAGUGACAUAAUCACGGCACCAUGGUCUGGACUCACCUGGGUGACAUCAUCACGGAGUCGUGGUCUGGACGCAUUCACACUCAGAUGUGAUUUAAUUUUUCACUCAGUGUAAAAAAAAUAAGGAAAAAAAAGUUGCAACUGUUUUGACCUGCAUCGCCAUGGAAAUGUGUUAAACUGACCCCUCCCCCUUUUAUUCUGCCGCUCCUUGUUUUAUAAAAAAAUAAAAUAAAAAUCUGUAAAGGUGAAUAAACUUAUUUAUAAACUGCUA